UACAAGUUUAAAGCGAACGUUUGAACUGGAAUGGAGAACUAGUUUAAAUAGGUGUCUGAGUCUAUAGCUGAAAUGGCUGCGAAACGCAAAGCCGAUACGACGGUACCGGCAGAGGAAAGCGACCAGCUUCUUAUAAGGCCUCUGGGAGCCGGUCAAGAGGUUGGCAGAUCAUGCAUCAUCUUGGAAUUCAAAGGCCGAAAGAUCAUGCUGGACUGCGGCAUCCAUCCAGGUUUGGAGGGAAUGGACGCUCUGCCAUAUAUUGAUUUGAUUGAUCCGGCUGAAAUCGAUUUACUCCUCAUUAGCCAUUUCCAUUUGGAUCACUGCGGGGCAUUGCCUUGGUUCUUACAAAAGACGAGUUUCAAAGGAAGGACUUUCAUGACUCACGCCACUAAAGCCAUUUACCGUUGGCUGCUGUCCGAUUAUGUCAAAGUCAGUAACAUCUCGGCGGACGACAUGCUGUACACGGAGACGGAUCUGGAGGAGAGCAUGGAUAAGAUCGAGACCAUAAACUUCCACGAGGUGAAGGAAGUGGCUGGCAUUAAGUUCUGGUGUUACCACGCCGGUCACGUUUUAGGAGCUGCCAUGUUCAUGAUCGAGAUUGCUGGUGUGAAGCUGCUGUACACAGGAGAUUUCUCCAGACAGGAGGACAGACACCUGAUGGCUGCCGAGAUCCCCAGCGUCAAACCAGAUAUCCUCAUCACGGAGUCCACGUAUGGCACACACAUCCACGAGAAACGUGAGGAGAGGGAGGCUCGUUUCUGUAACACCGUGCACGACAUCGUUAACCGCGAGGGCCGCUGCCUGAUCCCCGUCUUCGCCCUGGGUCGGGCCCAGGAGCUGCUCCUUAUUUUGGAUGAGUACUGGCAGAACCAUCCGGAGCUCCACGACAUCCCGAUCUACUACGCCUCCUCUCUGGCCAAGAAAUGCAUGGCGGUGUACCAGACGUACGUCAACGCCAUGAACGACAAAAUCCGCAAAGCCAUCAACAUCAACAACCCCUUUGUCUUCAAACACAUCAGUAAUCUGAAGAGCAUGGACCAUUUCGAUGACAUCGGCCCGAGCGUCGUCAUGGCGUCUCCCGGUAUGAUGCAGAGCGGACUGAGUCGUGAGCUGUUUGAGAGCUGGUGCACGGACAAGAGAAACGGAGUCAUCAUCGCCGGAUACUGCGUCGAAGGCACGCUCGCAAAGCACAUCAUGUCCGAGCCAGAGGAGAUUACGACCAUGUCGGGACAGAAACUCCAACUGAAGAUGUCGGUGGAUUACAUCUCCUUCUCCGCUCACACAGAUUACCAACAGACCAGCGAGUUCAUACGCGCCCUCAAACCUCCACACGUGAUCCUGGUUCACGGUGAACAGAAUGAGAUGGCCCGUUUGAAGGCGGCGCUGAUCCGUGAAUAUGAGGACAAUGAUGAGGUUCAUAUAGAGGUCCAUAAUCCACGCAACACAGAGGCCGUCACUCUCAACUUCAGAGGAGAGAAACUCGCCAAGGUGAUGGGGUCUUUGGCGGAUAAGAAAUGUGUGCAGGGUCAGAGAGUUUCCGGAAUUCUCGUCAAACGCAACUUCAGUUACCACAUCCUCACCCCCUCAGACCUGUCCAAUUACACAGACCUGACGAUGAGCACAGUGAAACAGACACAGGCCAUUCCCUUCACUGGACCAUUUCCUCUGCUGCUCAGUCAGCUCCGCCACCUCGCAGGUGAUGUAGAGGAGGUGGAGUCUGCAGAGAAACCAACACUGAAGAUCUUUAAGAACAUCACCCUAGUGCACGACACUAACAUGAUCAAACUGGAGUGGAUUGCAAACCCGUUGAAUGACAUGUAUGCCGACACCGUGACCACGGUGAUUCUGGAGGUCCAGUCCAACCCAAACGCCCAAAAAGGUACGAGGCCAAACGCAGACGGUUCUUUUCCACCUUCUGUGGACCUGAACGUGUUUAAAAACAGACUGGAAAUCAUGUUUCAAGACAUGUUUGGUGAAGAUUGUGUGGACUUCAAAAAUGAGAGGAAUCUGUCUGUCACCGUGGACGGGAAGACAGCCUACAUCAACCUGGAAACUAGAACUGUGGAGUACGAGGAGGGCAGUGCGGAUGAUGAGUCGGUGAGAGAGAUGGUGGAGUUGGCCGUCAGACGUCUCUACGACGCCAUGAACCCCGUCUUAUAGGACUGGGGGUGUGUGGAGGAGGGGAGGCUACUGUGUUUGCCCCCUCUCUGUCUUUUUUUAUUUGUUUGUUUGUUUAUUUUUUUAUUUGUUUAUGGUUCUGUGAGGAUACAGCUGAAUUUUUUCAACUCAUGGUCUGUGAUUUUGUUUGAUUUAAUAAUUAAA